AUGAAGUACGCACUCGCGAAGUUCCGAGUGUACUUACUCGGCAACACGCUGUUCGCGGUCUAUACGGACCACGCGUCGUUACGGACGGCUGUGAAGCCUCUGCACAUCUCGCAACGAAUGGCGAGUUGGUUGUUCUUCUUCACGGAGUACAACUUCCGGGUCGAGUACAAAUCCGGAAGGUUGAAUAUCGUCGCGGACGCGUUGUCGCGACGACCGGAUUGUGCUGCCAAGACAGUCGACGUCAACCGGAUUAGCGUCGCUCGGAUAUAUACACUGUCGUCGUCCUUGUUGGACGAGGUGAAUGCCGCGUAUGCGCAUGACGCAGACGCAAAACAGCUGAUCGAGUUUCUCUCGGCUCCUUCCGAGCACGUAGGAAGUUGGCCCCUCGUCUUCGAGCGGUAUCGUGUGCACGACGGUCUACUGUUUUACAGCGCUGUAGACGCCAAUGCGGACCACGUUGUCGUGCCGAAUUUUCUGAACUGUGCAGCAGGAUCAUGUACAAGUAUCAUGAUGCUCCCAAGGCUUCUACUGCAACCACCACUACAAGUGGGUGCGCAAGAACGUACGUACUUGCGAUAUUUGCUAGCGAGUGAAACCUGCACAUCACUCGCGGGAUCCACUGCAACCACUACCGACUCCGUCGGGGCGUUGGGAGGCCGUUUCGAUGGACUUCGUGUUUGGCCUUCCGCGCGAUUCCAGGCGGAAGGUAUUGUAGUCUUUGUUGACCGCAUCAGCAAGAUGGUGCAUCUCGUUGCAGUCGUAGCAGAGGUGACCUCCAUACAGACGGCACGUCUGUUCGUCGUCAUGGUGUUCAAGCACAAUGACAUGCCCAGCGACUUUGUGCCAGACCGCUAUCCGCGCUUCACGGCGCGUUUGUGGCAAGAAGUGUUUCCACUUCUUGAAACACAGUUCUCAAUGUCGACUGGGUAUCAUCCGCAGACGGACAGGCAAACCGAACGCGUGAACCGCAUGCUCGUGGAUUUGCUCGAGUAA